AUGGAAAGAAACCCACACCAGAGAGUCAAGGCCAGCAGAGGUGUGAAGAACCAAACCAAUGCCACUGGUGGUGAAAGCCAAGCUAGCUCUCCUGACCUGGAAGAGCGAUACAGGGAGAUACAUGACAGAUACGAUAAAGAGUUUCAGAUUUACUAUGAUCAAGAGCAGUAUGGAUUGGCUAGUGUGACAGCAACCAAGAAACAGUCACAGAAUUCGACGUCCUCUAAAUCGAAGGGUUCGCGGCACUUGUCCAACAGAAAGCCGGACAACCCAAGGGAGGACAUCAUUGAACGCAACAGAGUGACACUGGGGAUCAACACAGCCAAAGAGGGCUCAUACCUGAGGGCACAUGCACAACAGAAGGAGGUGAAAUCAGAUAGCUCAAAUCAGGUAGAUUUAUUUGGUGAGAUAAACUGUGUUUUUUCAUGCAAGUUUUCUGAAUUUGUGGUUUUGUAUGCAGUUAUUCUAGGUUGAAGAGAAAUAAGACCACAUGUGGGCUCUCCUGCUGUUCACUCACUCCCUUGCGCCAUUCUUUUUGCCUCUCUCUCCUUGAAUAGGUUGCAGUUAUAAAAUUAGUCACUAGGAGCUGCACAAACAUAGUGAUAAAUUCACAUCUCCUUUCACCUAAUCUCUACUAAACUGUGGUCCUCUGUAGCUCAGCUGGUAGAGCACGGCGCUUGUAACGCCAGGGUAGUGGGUUCGAUCCCCGGGACCACCCAUACACAAAAAUGUAUGCACGCAUGACUGUAAGUCGCUUUGGAUAAAAGCGUCUGCUAAGUGGCAUAUUAUUAUUAUUAUUAAACCCACUCACUACCUGAAGUGUGUGUUGUGUAAAUCAACAGGAUGUUUAAUGGUUUGUUCUGUACUCCAAUUUAAACAGGCUGAGAUGGCUUAACCAACAGCCAUUUACAUGUGAAAUGUAUAUAUUUUCCCUCAGGAAGGUGCAAAGAUACACAUACGACGAAUGGAAGGAGAACGUCUCCAAUGUCUCUCAUUUUACAAGCUUCCAGUUCCCUUAGAUGUAGCAGAAGAAAAUGGUGUUGUCCUCAAAGGGAGUUUGUUUUUGCACAAGACAUGAUGAUAUGCAAAAUAAACACCACUUACACAAGAAUAGACAAUUAUUUAAAUUUAUUUAAUAAAAUGACAAUUUCAAUAGGUCACACAAUCUCACCGGUAUAGUGAAGAACAAGUCAUAUUCUACUCAUAGGCCUACAGAAUAAAUACAUUUUACUGUUGAAAAUUAUAUACAUAGAGAGAGAAAUUGUUAGUUAUAAAACCCCACUGUUCACUGUAACCUAUUACGCACUUAGGCUAUUUGCUACUGGAUAAUGAUCAUUUCAAAUGGUUAGGAUAGUUCACACUCACACUGGAUUAGUGAAGGCCAUGUCCCACACCACUCAUACACUAAGGCAUUUUUUUAUUGUGGAAAUUUAAAUUUGGACUAGUCAUUUUGAAAUUCUUGUGGUAAGGUGCUGUGUCUGUAUAGGGCAAGGGAGAAAGUGUGUUAUAGAUAUUGGGGUGGACGAACAAUAGACAGGGGGUCGGGGAGAAAAAUGUGCAGUUUUAUAGCUCAUCUCAUGCUAUUCUUCACAUUUUUCCAUAAGGAUGAAAGAAAAUGUUGCAGUUUUAAAGCUAAUUUCUUGCUACUCCUGUCACGCUCUGGCUCCGGGACUCUGUAUGUUGAGCCAGGGUGUGUUCAUUCAUUGGGUGUAUUUCUAUGUUGGUAUUUCUGUUGGGUUCAUUUCUAUGUUUGAAUGAAUGACUCCCAAUCAGAGGCAACGAGUGUCAGCUGUGUGCUGGUUGUCUCUGAUUGGGAGCCAUACUUAACUGUCUGUGUUUCACUUUGUGUUUGUGGGUUUUUGUUCCUUUACGGUCAUUGUUACUGUGGACUUCACGAAUCGUCUAUUGUUUUGGGUUUUGCACUUUAAUAUAAUAAAGUCAAUCAUGUUCGCUCAACACGCUGCGUAUUGGUCUACUCCUUUUGAAGACGAUCGUGACAGAAAAACCCACCAUACAACGACCAAGCAGCGUGUCCAGGAGCAGGCAGACUGGACAUGGGAGGAAGCGCCGGGAAAGGAGAUGGAGAGGCUGGCGAUGGCCCAGGUGGGCAAAGUGUGGUCCUGGGAGGACAUGCUCGGGGGCAAGGGACCUUGGGGUAGGAUCAAGGCCCUGGCGAGAGAGGAGCAGCGGCGUCAGCAGUGCCAUCGUCGGACGGACGAGAGGCACCCCCAAUAAUUUUUUAGGGGGGGGCACAGGGCAUGGACGACGGGGCUGACGGAGGCAGAGAAGGGGCGUAUUCAAAAGGCCACCAGGUUACGGGGGCCACUGGUCAAAGUAGGGAAAGGAGGUUUAGAGGCACGGCGAGAGGUACUGGGGUGUGUUACCAGUCCGGUCCGGCCCGUUCCAGUUCCCGGAGUAGAGCCAGUGGUGUGUGUCCCCAGUACGGUCCGGCCUGUUACGGCCCCUCGCACCAAAUGGACGGUGCGCGUCUCCAGCCCGGUCCGGCCUGUUCCUGCUCCACGCACCAAACCUACGGUGUGCGUCGACAGCCCUGCCCGGCCUGUUCCUGCUCCACGCACCAAGUCUACGGUGUGCGUCGACAGCCCUGCCCGGCCUGUUCCUGCUCCACGCACCAAGUCUACGGUGUGCGUCGACAGCCCUGCCCGGCCUGUGCCUGCUCCACGCACCAAGCCUACGGUGUGCGUCGACAGCCCUGCCCGGCCUGUUCCUGCUCCACGCACCAAGCCUACGGUGUGCGUCGCCAGCCCUGUCCGGCCUGUCCCUGCUCCACGCACCAAGCCUACGGUGUGCGUCGCCAGCCCUGUCCGGCCUGUUCCUGCUCCACGCACCAAGUCUACGGUGUGCGUCGACAGCCCUGCCCGGCCUGUUCCUGCUCCACGCACCAAGCCUACGGUGUGCGUCGCCAGCCCUGUCCGGCCUGUCCCUGCUCCACGCACCAAGCCUACGGUGUGCGUCGACAGCCCUGCCCAGCCUGUUCCUGCUCCACGCACCAAGCCUACGGUGUGCGUCGCCAGCCCUGUCCGGCCUGUCCCUGCUCCACGCACCAAGCCUACGGUGUGCGUCGACAGCCCUGCCCGGCCUGUUCCUGCUCCACGCACCAAGCCUACGGUGUGCGUCGCCAGCCCUGUCCGGCCUGUCCCUGCUCCACGCACCAAGCCUACGGUGUGCGUCGACAGCCCUGCCCGGCCUGUUCCUGCUCCACGCACCAAGCCUACGGUGUGCGUCGCCAGCCCUGUCCGGCCUGUCCCUGCUCCACGCACCAAGCCUACGGUGUGCGUCGACAGCCCUGCCCGGCCUGUUCCUGCUCCACGCACCAAGCCUACGGUGUGCGUCGCCAGCCCUGUCCGGCCUGUCCCUGCUCCACGCACCAGGCCUACGGUGUGCGUCGUCAGCCCAGCCCGGCCUGUCCCUGCUCCACGCACCAAGCCUACGGUGUGCGUCGUCAGCCUGGUCCAGCCCGUUCCUGCCACUCGCACCAAGCCAGGGGUGCGAGUCGUCAGCCUGGUCUAGCCCGUUCCUGCCACUCGCACCAAGCCAGGGGUGCGAGUCGUCAGCCUGGUUCAGCCCGUUCCUGCUACUCGCACCAAGGCCGGGGUGCGAGUCGUCAGCCUGGUAAGACCGGUCAGCUGCUCCACAACGGAGCGUAAGCAAUCCGCUCCGUCUAUGUCCAGUCCAGAUCCAGCCAGCGGGGUCAGACCGGACCAGGGGCGCUAUGGGGGGUUGAUUGGAGGGUGGUGGGCAAGGCCGGAGCCAGAGCCGCCGCCGAGGAGGUAUGCCCACCCAGCCCUCCCUUGUUUAGCCCUUAUUGAGGCGCGGUCGCAGUCCGCGCCUUUAGGGGGGGGUACUGUCACGCUCUGGCUCCGGGACUCUGUAUGUUGAGCCAGGGUGUGUUCAUUCAUUGGGUGUAUUUCUAUGUUGGUAUUUCUGUUGGGUUCAUUUCUAUGUUUGAAUGAAUGACUCCCAAUCAGAGGCAACGAGUGUCAGCUGUGUGCUGGUUGUCUCUGAUUGGGAGCCAUACUUAACUGUCUGUGUUUCACUUUGUGUUUGUGGGUUUUUGUUCCUUUACGGUCAUUGUUACUGUGGACUUCACGAAUCGUCUAUUGUUUUGGGUUUUGCACUUUAAUAUAAUAAAGUCAAUCAUGUUCGCUCAACACGCUGCGUAUUGGUCUACUCCUUUUGAAGACGAUCGUGACAACUCCACACAUUAUGCCAUGAGGCUGAGAGAAAAUGUUGCAGUUUUAAAGUAACUAUCCUGGGGAAAUCUCACUUUUAAAAGUUCAUAUUCUGUUAACUCAUACCCAAAUAGUGUUGUUGACUCAUCCUAUACUCGCAUUUGUGGCCAAAGCAUAAAUUGGAGAAAACACUUUAAAAAACACUGAGGAGGAUGAGCUGGCCAAUCAGCGGUCUACUCACAUGAAUAUUUUUUAUGACCAGUAUACGCCCACACUUUUCCAACACAGGAAGCUGCUUUUUAAGAAGACUAUUUCACUCAUAUUGUAAUUAAUUAUAAGUCAUAUUUAAUAGAAAUCUGGAAACACUGGACAGUUAGUUUAAAGGUUGACUUUGUGCAAAGCUGUCAUCAAGGCAAAUGGUGGCUAUUUGAAGAAUCUCAAAUAUAAAAUAUAUUUUGAUUUGUUUAACACUUUUUUGGUUAUUACAUGAUUCCAUAUGUGUUAUUUCAUAGUUUUGAUGUCUUCACUAUUAUCCUACAAUGUAGAAAAUAGUAAAAAAAUUAAGAAAAACCUACUUGAAUGAGUAGGUGUGUCCAAACGUUUGACUGGUACUGUAUAAAACAUUAAUAUAUGAAUAGCAGACUCUCGUUCAGGCAACAACAACAAUUGGCUGUUGAAGAUAAAGGCUAAACAGUGUCUUAACAUUACAUGAUCCAACAGAGACGCCUUAGUGUUCACGCUCUUCUGAUGUGAAGAUUGUCUGAUUUUUUUGGAAAUAGCCUUCUCUAAACGUAUCCAUUCUGUUCCUAUAUAUUAAACAUGUUGCCAUUAUCAAUAGUCAGCUUCAAAUUUCGAUUCUCUUUUGAAUCCUCUCAAUGGCAAAUAUGAGCCAAAUGAUAGGCUGCCUUUCCUUAAUCAUAAUAUUUGAACAUGUCUUCCUAGUUUCUCCUCAUAUCUUUUUAAAUAAAAGAAAGCAAUAGGCAAAAACUUCUAUCUAACCAGACUCAUGCCCGUCCAUUUUUAUCAUCCAAAAUAUGAAUAUGUCAUUUCUCAGUCGGCUCACAUGGAAACAAGAGAAUAUGCAGCAGCGGUCUCUGACCCAGUCUGGAAUAUUAAUUUGGCAGGAGCAAUGCUGUUUUCAAUUGCUAUCCACUCUGAGCAGGGAAAGGGAGCCAUGUCUGGCUAUGUAGUGCCUAUUAUGAGUUGAUCUGUACAACAGUAGCUAUUAAGAACAUCAGAGAGGCAUGGUUACCAAUAGCCUCUUAGAUAUCCCCCUGCACCUGGCACAGGGGCAUAAUUGGCUGAGGACAGUAACCUGCUCCCUCUGUGCUGGGGUAUAUGCUUCUCUGGUAGCUAUAUCGCCAAACCCUUUUUCCUCAUCUACCAUCUACCCAUCUGAGCCCCUAGGCCUGUAACAAUGUCUUGUAUCAUCUAGAUUAGCAUAGUCAAGAGCCGUUAGCAUUGUACAGUAAAAAGAGCCAGGCCUUCUCCCUCCCCAAAACCAUCUGUUUUGCCAGUCUCCUCUGACUUAGCUUGUUAGUUUCCCAUUGCUACUACUAACCACACAACAUAUUUUACUCGGAUAAAAGUUUUGGUCACCCAUUUGCAUGUAGUGUAGGCUAAAACCUAUUUUAGUGCAUUCGUUUGAGAAUGAUCAAGCUUGUGGGUGUUACUGCCUCCUUGAUGAAACCCAGCACCAUGAAAUGAAGCAGUCCAACAUUCUUAGAACAUUUGUAUAAGGUUUAGUUGUUGUAUAAUUUGUAGAAGGAUAGCCUAUCGGUGAAGAUGGAGGUGCACUCUUCAAACAGCCAAAACUGCAGAACAAACACAAGUCACAAUUACCAGGCCUACUCAUUCUGUUCUGAUAUCAUUUUAGGUUUGGAUACUUCUGCUGCACAUUUUGCGCUUCCUUCUCUUUGUCCACAAUAUCCUUCAAAAGAGGCCAAUUCCCUAGCCAAAUCGCAUCAGUUUCACUACCAUCAUUAUCCGAGCCCAGCUAAGCAUGCUCCUUGGGCUCUCUUUAAAAGGCCCAAUUUGGUAUUUGACCGACGAGACCGUUGGAAACCAACCUGCGAUAAUUAGCAGUGUUAUUAAAUGUACACAAUCUUGUAAUGCGCCAACUCUGUAGCCGGCGAGUGGCAGGAGCAACGAUGGGCUCCAGCAGUGGCCCCCUUUGAUAAAGACAGAAGUAGCAGCAGCAAUCUUCAGCUAUUGCACUCAGCCCACCGAGUCCCUCGCCUGUCUCUCAGGCCCUCACUUCAAAGCCAUGGGACAUAAUGUACAAUCUCUUAAUAGCUUUAGACCAAAGCCUCCCGGGGGCUCUCUGCCACUAUGUACCCUACCUCAGUGUAAACACCUAAUCAAGAUUGCCUGGGCCUGGCCACAAUAGCAAGCAAAUAGCAAUCCAAGAUCCGCAGCCCUUUGAAGUCUUCAUUGCAAAAGCUGAUAUUUCCUGGGCGGCUCGAGGUAAAAUGGCAUGCUGCGAUUGCCUGGACUUUGUUGUGGCUCAUCUCGCCGAGAGGAGGGCAAUUACGACCCCAAUUUAGCAGAAUAGAUAUUACACAGCUUACGAUGCUCAAAAUGCAAUUUGGCUUAGAUCAUUUGGCUCCAAUUGAUUGGGAUUUUUAUAAUGGGUGAUAAAAGGCAGUGGCAGGGGGCAUGGGCAGAGGUUGUGGCCCAUCUUGCCAUGGGAGAGCUGGGGGGAGAGAGGUGGAUGGGUGGAUGGUGUCUGUGGUGGAAUCAUUGACACCUGUUACUGAUCUAUACACAAAACAGCUGCUGCUCCAACAGCGUCACACCUGGACACUGUCAGGAUCACCUUGAGUUUGAUGUGCCAAUUGACCAACAGCUAACUUGGUUACAAAACCACUCUUUAAAUAUCAGUAUUUAAAUAGACAUGUUUUUCAAACAUUUGCCAUUGAAAUGGAAAUGAUACAAUAUAGGCCUAGUUUUCCCUGGUUUCACAUUGAGAAGUUAGGCUACUACUCAUGAAAUGUAUUUCUAUGGAUUGUUUGGUCCACCUAGAUUAUUUGCUGGCAGCCAUUUUAGCACCAGUUUCUGUUCGAGGAUAGGCCAUAACGUCACAUGUAUCCUGCACCAAAUCCCACCAUGAUAGUAACACAAAAAUGUCCCUCUUCAGACCAAAAUAGAAUAUCAUUCAAUUACUUCUUUCAUUUGCUUUUUAUUGCAACACCGGCUCUGCUUUUUUCGCCACUUAGCAAUCAUCUGUGAGCCUUCUUGCCCAGAUAGGGAGGACACUGCAUCGUGUUAUCAGCCCAGCUCCCCGCAUACCUGGCCUUUCAGCAGAUAGACAGAACAGUUUGACACCAUACUUAUUGAUGGAUAUAUUACAACUCCAUCCACUCACUCUCUCUGACCUUCGCCUAUUCACUCUCCCAGAAUUAGUGCCAUUCAACAAGGAACUCCUCAGCCUGUCAAUACCAUCGAUCCUCUCAGAUUGUCCUUGGGAUGCCGAGGUGUGGGCUCCAAGUUAACUAAAUGAUUUUCAUUACGGCAUUAGCUGAAGACAUUCUCUCUCAAAAAACGGUGCAUUAUAGGACAAAAUGAAGGAGAAUGGAUAUAAUGUGAGGGUUUGUGGAAGCUUAGGCCGAAACGUGAGGGAAUUGAUUGUUGUGCAGGCUACUCGAAAAAACAAAACAAAAAAUAGGUUAGGCCUAUGCUACAGAUUUGACAGAGUAGAGUGUGUUUGGUGGUUAGCGAAAGUAUUCUUGUAACAAAUUUUAAGCCUGCAGUUUAGUGCCUCAAAAUGCUUUCUCUCAAAAUAGUAUUUUUCUUUGGAGUGUUUUUGUCAUUAUUUGAGGAAAAUAAGGGAUAUAUUGGGCAGUUUUGAGUAUUGUGCACCUGACUGGACUGUCAUUGAUUAACUCGCAGUUUAUCGUGUGUUGAAAUGUUUACCUCCAAUAUGCUUUGCUCUUAUGCAAACCAUGUAUUCAUACAAGUGUUACACAGCACAGACAAAAAUGUUCCCAUCUAGAUACCUGAUGUCUUUCAAUCUCCCCCCUCUUUAAUUUUGAAUGACACUUUUUGCCCCACUCUCCUUAAUCUUUUAUCUUUUUCUAUCCAAAGGUUUCGGAUACUACUGAGGAGAUUACCAUUGGUGGGAGCCAGGAGAAGGAAAGCCAAGAGGACAAUUCAGACCCAGAGCUGAGGUGGCUCCAAAAAACCCAGCAACUCAAGGUGGGACCCUCUCCGCUCCUUUUCACAUUAUGAUCCCGUUGAUUUUCUCUCCUGUGUGUGUUUUUGGUGGGCGUUGCUUACGACAACACCUCAUUGCCUUAUGACGCAUAACUGCCAGCGAAGGGCUUUCUGGUCAAGAUGAAAAUGUCUGCACAGUGGACGCAAUACUGUCACCUGGGAUUUCCAUUUUACCUCCACGAUGGACCCAAUCUCCGUCUGAUAGAGUUGUCGAGGCACAAUAGAGCCUUCGCCUGAAAACACUCCUGAAACGGAGCCUCUACAGGCAGGAAAAAGCAAGGGGAAUGGAGAGAAGCAUCAUUAUUUUGAGCACUUGAGCGGUCACCCUAAUGCCGCCUUGGCAGAGGAGAGGAGUGUAAAUAUUUUCCCAUUAGAAUGAGGGAAGGCUGGUGUUUGCUAAAUCAGAGGCAUUAGAUGCUGAGGCACACAGCCUCAGAGCCCGGCAGAAUAAUUUGUGAGGGCCAUGCUCAGAGGAGCUCCGACAUUACAUGAAAGGCCCUCUCUGGCCAUGGCCACGACAAUAGCCACAAAGCUUCAGUUACAUAAGGAAAGAGGGGUAUUUUUUCUGCAUUUUGGGUGGAAUCUUCCAUCCGUCGUCCCACUGAUACGUUGAGUUAAGGAACAGAUGAUACCCCUCUUAUGUUGUUCACAAAUUGAAAAUCUGAUGUUUAAAAUAAUCAUUUUAAGUGUAUUUUUUGUUUUUCACAAUCAUGGGAAGUGUAUUAUGAGGUUGUAUUUUUCCAAAUAAUCUUUUAAAGUAUUUUUUUGGUUUUUCUCAAUCAUGGGAAGUAUGUUAUGAGGUUGUAUCUUUCCAAAGCUUUUAUCAAUGAAAGAACAUGUCCAGUACAUUGGCGUCCUCCUGGUUCUUGAAAUAUUUGAUUAUUAUACCCUAUUUUCCUUGGUCAAAUAGGGUCCUUGUUAGAUGCAUAGGACUCAUCGAUCAAGCAUUAUUUUAACAAAUGCAGGAAGUCCUGAUUUUCACAACUCAUUUGACCUCCGUUUCCUAAAUCAUUGAUAUUGACCUACCCCUGAACUAGUAUUUAAUUUUUUCCUUAUUGUCGUUGUUGAGCUGAUCAUAUUGCUUUUAGCCUAUUGGUUGCUGUGAUGUUAUUCCACAUGUGAGUUCUGUUUUUUACAAGCCCUACUCACAGGUUACUCAGAUCUGCAAAGACAAGAAAGCUCAGUGGACAGUCAAUCCCAAACUCAGGGGGGCAAAGCCAGACAGAGAGACUGCUACCUGAGCCCCGCCACUGACACCCCCAGACCCGCAGCCAGGAUCCAGGCUCACUCCCUCCCCCACUCUUACACCCACCACCAACCACAGCAUUCACCCCACCUCCAGGCACAGUGGCACAGACUCCCAGUCUAGCAUACUGGACACCCGGCCACACCAGUGCCAACACAUCCCUUUAACACAGCCCCCCACUGUCCACCUCAACAUCAACCUCAACACCUCAUCCGAGCUCCUCCCUUUCCUGCAACACAAUCACCAGGAUGUCGUUCUCACCAUAACCUCACCCUGUAGCGGUCCCGGACCCCAAUGGAAGCUCCAGUCUACAGAUGGAUACAGGCCUAAUGCUAACGUAGCGCUUAGGAACGCCAUCCUCGUCAAACCUGACUCCCACCCAAGCACUCACUCCUUCCCCCAAGACGGUUCGGUACAGCUCACUUUGAUUCCACAGGCUGCUGUGUCUCCACCAAGUCCAGGUUGGGGCUCUCGCUGCAGACAGGGCUUCCCAGGGAUGCCCCCUCUCUCCCAAGGCAGCAGAGAACCACUGCACCUCUGGCACCAGGAGAACGCCCCAUGGCAGCGUGAAAACCACAUUGUGCUGCAGUAUGAUGAUGAGGAUAGUCACACGUCUACUUACACCUCCCAGACGCAACACUCCUCCGGCUCCUACACAGUGCUGCCCUCUAUAGGUAAAACAACGACUGGAGCUGGGCAGUGACAGAACUGCACAGCGAUUUACCUCUAUGCAGAGAAGCAGCUCUGAGGGUUACCUGAAUGAGAUAGUCACUUACAGGGUGUGUGUGUGUUAAUCUUUAAUUGCCACACUAACUAGCCAGGACAUUGUUACAUUUCUCAAUACGGUUACCGGUCUAAUUACAGUACAUGAGAGCCAUUUGCCUAAUCUCAAAGGGCAUAAUCAGUCACACAAGUCGCACAAACAAUGUGCUUUGACAACAAAGAUGAUAUCCUCUGAAAAUUAGUUAUAUUUCUUCGCUGUCAUAUUUAGCAAAAGAUAGUCCUCUAUCCAUCGUUUUUCUAAUUUUUGAUACUCCCUGACUCCCCCACAGUGGUUUUAUUUUUUUAAUCCUCACAGGCCGGAUCCAGUUGUUAGAAAAUAAGGUGAAUAAAAGAGAGAAAGUGAGGCAAAGAUGUCCAUUUGCAUGUAAUGACGGCCUCUUUGUCGUUCACCAGCUUGAGCCCUGCCGGUGUGUUCCACUGAGGAACAGAGAAAGUCAGCCCCGCUCCCAUAAGGUAGUGUAGCACAGACUGCAGACAUCCACAUAGAGUAGUAGACAUUCACUUUCUAAGACAAAACACUCAGUUAAUGUUAUAACGUAGCCUACUAUUUUUUAUUUAGUAGGUAGCUAACUUAAAUCGAUAUUCUACAGAUAAUUGUUAAGGUGUCAAUUAGUCAGAUAAUUUAUUUUAUCACAUUAUUACCAUAAUUUAAGCGUGGAUUGGAAACCCAGUGACAGUAAUAAGGGCCAGUCUAUGAAAGGUUAUAGAUAGGUAACUGAUGCUCUUAUGAUGGUUACGGUUGCCAAGUUUUGAUCUGACUAGCUUUUUUCCCUAACCCAUCAGUGUGUGUGUAUUUAGAGGUCACUUUACACCACAGUUGCCACUAGCCUCUCCCCCUGCCCCUUUCCUCUCCAUGUAUCCCCACUUUGCCAUGUUCGCCAUCAUGUCUGACAAGAUUACAGGGUAGAUUUGUAAAACACCCCAAUGUGAAGGGUAUCACAAAAGUGAAAGCGGAUGAGGGUGGGGAGGGGGUUGAAAAGAAAGAAAAAAAAAAAAAAAAAGAAGCUGUCCCACAGUGUCCAUGACCAAUGGCUAAUUCCAAAGUGGCCUGAGCCCCUAAAAGGAGCCAGUCCGAUCUGGAAUGAUUAGUCUUCUAUUGUCUGGGGCAGCUUGUGGAUUGCUUCUCGAGUGCACCUCAGACGUACAUAGCGGAUUAAGGCGCUUACCCUCUCUCUCUGCCUAGGAGAGAGAGCAUCUCUCUGUCAACCUGUCCCUGGGACUCCACUCCACAGGGUGCAAUACAAACUCCCUUUUAUUCAAAAAGGCACAAACAUACAGGCACUUAUGAACGACCUGUGUAAAGGCAAAAUUUGAUAUUUUUGUACUUAGGCAGGAAUAAUUUCCAGAACCAAGUCUAAUGUGUGUGUGUUUUUCUCAUCACAUGCCUGUAUAAUAACUAUUCUCUAGUAAUAUUUAGCAUUUACCUGUGUGUGUGUGUGUGUGUGUGUGUGCAUGUACGUGUAUUGUCUUAGGCCUCCUCCCUGAAGGACUACAAGCAGCUGAAGCAGGACGUGAAUCUUGGCGGCCUUUCGCCUGAUUACACCACCACAGAAAUUACAGUGAGUGCCUCUUCCCACCUUAUAACCAGUAGUCAUACCAUCUAAUAAUAUGGCCAUGUGGCUUCCAACAAUCCUGUACUCUAUGCUUUACUUUAUUCAGCAAUCUUAAAUUGAACAUUUGAAGAAAUUUAACUUUUAAUAAUAAUAAUAAUAAUAUGCCAUUUAGCAGACGCUUUUAUCCAAAGCGACUUACAGUCAUGUGUGCAUACAUUUUUACAUAUGUGUGGUCCCGGGGAUCGAACCCACUACCCUGGCGUUAGAAGCGCCAUGCUCUACCAAUUGAGCUACAGAUUGAGCUAUGUUUAACUUGUAACACUUAUUUAACUUUAACACUUAAAAAAUACAAGUGUUUGUUUUAAUAAAACAACAACAAAUGUAGGUCUAAAACAGACAACAGCAAUGAUUAGAUGGCCCAUAAAUCCAUUUACCCAGUUCAUUUUAUUUGGCUGAUGAUCUUCAAUAGUCUCUUUGUGCUUCCAUUAUCCCCCACCCCUCUGUCCCUGUUUCUCAUUAAAGACUUGCCUCAUUCUGAACAGAUUAAAUUGGAUUUACAAAGCAAAUGAGAGUAGCCCUGGAAGGUUGAGUGGUAUUUGGGGUCUGAUGUAUCUUUUGUUAAUCCCUGAGAGUUUAAAGUGAGCAUGUAUGGCCAAUUUGCACUAGAUUGAGGCUGCCUCUGUCUCUAGGGCCGGCCCUAUUAGUGAAUGAUAUGUGUAAAUGUUGAUAGGCCCGCUGAAUGGUUUGUUGUAUUUGGUUUUGUCGGGCGGUGUAGAGAGGCUCCGCCGAGGUAUACACAAAGAGAAUAGGGCCUUAAGGGAGAAAUGGCUCAGUUAAUUAAACCCACUCUUUUGUAAUCUCCCCCUCUGCUCUCUCGCUCUGUUCUUUCACAACGUGGCCCAGGCCGAGAAAAUGAGACGACAGAAGCUGUAUUCAAAUGUGAUCCGCGAGCAGAACAAGAAGAUAAGUAGGAUUCCCUUUCUUGCCGGAUGCCAGGAACCCAUUGGGCAGUGACAACAUGGUUCCCAGAAGGACGGUAACAGAGAGUGAGACCGAAAGAGAAUCAGAGAGAGCGGUAGAGAGAGAGAGACAGACAGAGAAUCAGAGAGAGAGAGACAGACAGAGAAUCAGAGAGAGAGAGACAGAGAGAGAAUCAGAGAGAGAUAGAGAGACAGAGACAGAGAAUCAGAGAGAGAGCGCGAGUGGGGGUGAGAGAGAAAACGACUUGGAGAGACAGAGACACAGAGAGAGAGAGAGAGAGAAAGAAAGAAAAAACAGAGAGAGAGAGAACAUCGCUUCACAACAAGUGCAUCCAUCUCCUCCCGGUUUCCUCAGUCAAUUUGUCCAUCAUCAUCAUCAUCUGUCAGCUUGAGUGUAUUGCACCUCCAGUCCCCAUUUUUGUUAUUUACAUAUAAUGAAUUAGUCCCCUGCACUGAGAUUGCGAGUCUGAGAACGAUUAAGGACACGUCAACAUUCUGUCACAAAGUUGGAUCCCCAAGUUCACUCAGCCAUAUGAAAGCAUAGUUGUUUAUCAGCUCUUGCAGGUGUACCUUCCCCUUCCAUCUCCAAACUAUACUUCUGUAACACUUUACUUAAAGCCUACAGGUAUAAUGCUUUAUUACUUGUUAUAAGCAUGAGCCUUUAUGUAAUCUUAAGUUUUUAAAGCAAAGUUCAAUUGACUCAAGGUGGCUGUUAUUUAGUCAAGAGGGAUGAUAUAGGAAAUUAUAAGAGCAUCAUACAGUCUUACAAUGCAUUAUAAUGGUAUUAUACUGCAUCGUCAUUAUACCUGUCAGUGCUAAAUAAAAUGAUACCUUUAUUUGCAUUUUGUUUCAGGCCCUGGAGGCGCCAGGUGCAUCCUGCGGCCCAAGGUGGCGCCCCAGCCCCUGCAGCUCAAGACCAGAGAGCCAGAGUGGGCCCAGGAGGGCCCCAGGGGCCACAGUCGCCUCCUGGAGGGCUUCGACCUAUCCCAGCUGGCCACACUGGAAGCCCUGAGGAAACGGCAAGAGCAGGAGAAACAGACCGUGGCCCACUUCAAGGUGGUGCACGCCAUCUGA